CGGCCCGUUGGAGCGGCGCGAUGGCGGCGGCAGCGGAGGAGGCGCGGCUGCUGGCCUGGCUGCGCGGCCCCGCGGCGCCCGGUGGCCCCGAGCUCUCCGCAUACGUGUCCGAGCUGGCGGCGCUGGGGCUGGCGGAGCUGGGCCGGGAGCCGGCGCGGCUGGCGGCGGAGCGGGCGCGGGUCGGGGCGGAGACCCGCCGCUUGGCCUUCGAGCACUACCGCGCCUUCAUCCGUUCCGCCGAGUGCACCGGCCGCGCCGGACACGGCUUCGGCGGCAUCGAGAGCCGCCUCGGCAGCCUGCUGGAGCGCCUGCCAGCGCUGCAGGACGCCUGCCGGAACUUCAUGCGUGAUGCUGAGGAGAUCGCCUGCAGCCGGCGCAUGAACAGCCUGACGCUGAACCGGCACACGGAGAUUCUGGAGAUACUGGAGAUACCGCAGCUCAUGGACACCUGCGUCCGCAAUGGCUACUACGAGGAGGCGCUGGAGCUCGCUGCCUACGUGCGACGGCUGGAGAGGAAGCACAGCACCAUUCCUGUGAUCCAGGGCAUUGUGGAGGAAGUUCGCCAGUGCACCCAGCUGAUGCUGAACCAGCUCAUCCAGCAGCUCCGCACCAACAUCCAGCUCCCGGCCUGCCUGCGGGUCAUAGGCUACCUGCGGCGCAUGGAUGUCUUCACGGAGGCUGAGCUGCGCAUCAAGUUCUUGCAGGCACGGGAUGCGUGGCUGCGUUCCAUCCAGGCCUCCAUCGCUGAUGACGACCCCUACUUCCACAUCACCAAGACCAUCGAAGCCUGUCGCGUCCACCUUUUCGACAUCAUCACCCAGUAUCGCGCCAUCUUCUCCGAUGAGGAGCCGCUCCUGCCCGCCGAGGGUCAGGCCCUCAACGAGGGGGCCAUUUUCCACAGCUGGGUGCUGCAGAAGGUGUCCGAGUUCCUGCGGACACUGGAGCGCGACCUGCGGCGUGGGGUGGGCGGCCGCCUGGACUCGCUGCUGGGGCAGUGCAUGUAUUUCGGCCUCUCCUUCAGCCGGGUGGGGGCCGAUUUCCGCGGGCAGCUUGCGCCCCUCUUCCAGCACGUGGCCGCCACCGCGUUCAGGAAGGCGGUGGAAGAGGCAGUGGAGAAGUUCCAGGAAGAGAUGAAUUCCUACACACUCAUCUCUACGCCGGCAGUGCUGGGGGGCAGCGCAGGAGUCCCCGUGCCCAUGGCACAGCCAGGGACGCUGCAGCCCCCCAUGGUGCUGCUGGACUUCCCACCCCUCGCCUGCUUCCUCAACAGCCUCCUCGUCGCUUUCAAUGACCUGCGGCUCUGCUGCCCCAUCGCCCUGGCACAGGAUGUCACCACCUGCCUGGAGGAUGCGCUUGGUCAGGUGACUAAAACCAUCCUGGCCUUCCACCGUGCGGAGGAGGCGGCUUUCAGCGGGCGGGAGCAGGAGCUCUUUGCCCAGUUCUGCAUGGCUUUCCUGGAUGACCUGCUGCCCUACCUGAACCGUUGCCUGCAGGUCCUCUUCCCGCCGGCACAGAUUGCACAAGCACUGGGCGUCCCCCCGACCCAGCUGCAGCGCUUCGGCCACCUGGGCCGCAUCAACGUGGCUGCUCUGAGGGACUCGCUGGCUUUCCUGCUGCCGGCUCCACAAGACGAGGAAGAGUCUCUGCGCCCAAAGGAAGAAGAGGAGGCUGAGUCCCUGCCCGCACCCCCGCCUCCCUGCCUGCACCCCCGGGUCUGUCCACACGGGGAGCCGGUGAGCUGGGAGGCGAAGGGUUGGGCAGCCCGUGUUGUCCAGCACGAGAUGGACCACCUGGAUGGCAUCCUCUACAUCGACCGCAUGGACACACGCACCUUCACCAAUAUCAGCUGGAUGGAGCUGAUGGACUGACAGCCUCGGGCCGAAUCCCACUGGAGAAGAGCUGCAGCGAGGCCCCACACCGGACACUGGCCAGAGGGGCAGCAUGGCACUGCAUGGGCUCCUACUCACCAUUACUACAGCCAAAAUACACACUGUGAAGCCUCA